UCGACUUGAACUUGCAGUCUUGCGUAUGUAACGUAACUGAAUACGUCCAUACUCAUUUUUUUUCUACAAUAAAAAAUAUAUUUUUUUAUAUAUUUAUGCACCUGAACAAAAAAUAAUCAUAAAUUACAAAUUAAUGACAAUCAAGUUUUGAAUUUUGAGUAAACAAUUAAAAAAUGGGAACUUUAUUAGAAGCAAACGGACCAGCUUCAAAUAAUCCCGGAUCGAAGGACCAAAAUAUAUAUGAAAAUCGAGCCAGUACUAAAAAGAUAAUAAGAGUCGUAACCGUAAUCGCAUACUUAUUUUCCGUAAGUUUUGUUGCUAUUGUACUGAGUGCGUACUAUGUCUUUCUUUGGCAACCGCCAAAUCCGCGACUGAUACAUCGCGCCCAUACUAUGGAUAAAAUUCACGCCGAAUAUUUAUCUGAUACUUUACCCCAUGAGUAUCCGAUCAAUGACAACAUUAAUAAUAAUUACAAAAAUAACAAGAGUAAUAAAAAAAGUGUUGGGGAAAUAUUCAAUUCAAUGAACAAUUUACGAAGUCAUUUAUUUCGCUUUCAUGCUGCUGAUAAAAAUGACAAUAAUAGAAACAUUAAAAAUAAUAAUGAUGAUAAAUAUGUGAAAGCUAUAAAUACAACUCAAUUGAGGAAUCCAAUGAUUGGAAAAAUAUACCAUGACAGUGACAAGGUCACGACUUCUGAUUUACAGACGAGUGUUUAUGGUAUCGUCAAUAAACAUCUUGAUCUUUCAGUUGAUGAUAAAAAAACUACUGAUAAAUCAGCGCUGUUUACAAAAAUCGAAAAUAGUACGGAAAUAAAUGUUUCACUUACACCCGAGCUUUUGACGGAAAUUAAUAAAUAUGAAGAAGAGGGAAAUACAAAUUUUGAGAAUAAAACUCGGGAUGAUCAAGAGGAUCCAGAUAAUCAUGAUCUUGUUAGUGAAGCAACUGAAGUUACUACUGAUAAAUUUAAUUAUCAAGCGACUGAACAUUCGAAUGUUCAAGAAUUACAAGAUGAUAAAACAACUUUAAAUGGAACAGAAUUUCUAAACAAAUUGAAGUCAAUGUACACGACGAGUUCCGACCAAGAAAAUAUAAAAGAUUCAAUGAAAAUUGAAACAACUGUCGAAUUAUUGUCGACAACAGAUUCAUUUAUAUCAAUUGUACAAGAGGAGACUUCUAAAUCAUAUGAUGCUGAUAUUGACCAAAUAGUUUUACCCGAGCGAUAAAAAUAAUAUACAUAUAGAUAUAUAUAUUUAUAUAUUAAUUUAUAAUUUUAACGUAAAGUUAUUUAUUAUUAUUUAUGUGAUAUUAUGAGAUUAUAAAAUUAGAAAAAUUUAAAUUAUAUUAAAUAAAAAAAU